AUGCUAAAAGAAUUUCACCAACAUCCUAGAGUUACUGUCUGCUGCCAAGUUAUACCAAUCCUGUUGAGAGUGUACUUUGACACAGUAUUAGAGUGCGGGGAGACAAGUCUACUCAGUGAGUUGGUGCCGGUGUUAAUAGAGAGGGCAGGGUUGUUAUAUGGUACUACAUUAUAUCACCAAGAUGUGAGAAGGAUUUUUGUUGAAGGUUUACUGAAUAUUUUUAAAGCACAUCCCAACAUCCUAAUAGACCAACAAGCAGAUAUCCUUGAGUUUAUCAGUACAUUGCGGAAUGCUUCAGAUAAAGAGGACUUCUUCAUUCAUAUUCUAUGGGUUAUUGGAGAAUACCUGUCUCCUAUGUAUGAUACUAGGUGUCUCCCUGAAGUGAUCUCUUCCUUCUACAGUGCACUGGAGUGUAUAGCUUAUGAAUUAUCUAGCUCCCUCCCAACACAAUACUCCACGAUGCCACACAGUUGUAGACUGGUUACUGUCAUGAUAACAGCAAUGUCUAAGUUAGCCUCAAGGUCACAGGAUUUGAUACCCCGUGUGUUACUGUGUCUCACAAAGCUAGAGCAACAAGUGUGUCUUCAUGUACCUGCUGACCAUGCUAGCGUCCUACAUGCAAGAACUACUGAGCUAGUUAACUUACUGAAGGUGCCAAAUGUUGCAAGUGCAUUAUUGAGUCCAGAUGCUGAUAUAGACUCAGGAAAACUCCAUAAAGACAGCAUGUCAACCCCUGUGUUGUUACAUUUCAUCCAUGAUGUCCUGAACUCACAACAAUUGUAA